AUGACCGGAGUUCGCGCUGCGAUUCCCACUGAAAGAAUGACGCCGCCGUCUCCACAAAAUCUUGCCACCGAUGCUAACUGUGUAGACCUGACACGUAUCCGGCACUUCCUAGCUCUCCUGCGCCACCAGUUGGACGACAACAUUGCUGCCAACAUCAACGACUCCCCCGAUUGUCUCGCUUACUUCAACACCACCGUCCGAGCGGAGUGGCAGAACCGGCGCCAGUUGAUCGACUACUGUGCCAACUACGAAGCCAAGCUUCGAAAGACGGCAGAGGAGACGGUCAAGUUCCCCGAAGUCACCAUCAGCAACGAGGACCUCAAAAAGGACCCUUACGCGAUGAAGAAAGUGAUCAACGACAUGGAAGCCCAGUUUGCCACCUGCGACGCCAUCAAGCUGUGGGUCCACACUGAACAAGGAGUGGAGAAGAUUGUCGAGGAACAGACGAUCAAGGUGUUUGAACGUAAAUGUGGCUUUUACGACUACCAACGGUAA